AUGCUAGGUCUGAUGCAGUUUCUUAUGAACCGUUAUUACAUAUGCUUGGAAAGUAAACCUCUGCUCACAUUAUAUGCUGGCAUGCGUGCAUCCUCCAUCUCAGUCAACAUUUGCUUAACCAACUUGCAUGAUAUUUUUGGUGUUACAUUUCGAAGACCCAAUACUUCCCACGGAAUAACAAAGGAGUAUUCUGAAGGUGAGGGACGGUCUAGUUACCCCCUCGAUACUGAUACCGUAGUGUCCGUUGAUCUGUCAAAGUCCAAUUAUCUAAGUGGAUACAAAAUCGAAUUAAUUGCUGAAAACUUGGCAGCAGAUAAUUUCUUUGAUACAAAACCAGUGCGAAUGAAGAACCAUCGGAAAAUAAUUUCAAAGCGUUCAAGCAUUCUUCAGAUGAACGGUGCACUUACUUUAGAGCCAAACCGUGAACUCGUUUUUGAAGGGAUACUGGAUAAACCCAUAUCAUCCACAGUCCGCCUGACCAAUGACAGCAUCGAUAAUGUUUACUUCCACGUUCGAGCUGCAUCCAGUGACCUCCAGAUUCGUCCGGAUUCAGGCAUUCUUAAAUCCGGAGAGAAGGAAGAGAUAACAGUCUUCUGGAAGCCAAUGGAAUGGAACUAUACAGAUGUUUUACGUGAUCGAAUUAUUAUAAAAUCAUCAAGAAUGUAUAACGGACAAUCCUUUAAAUAUGGAGAAUGGUAG